UUGUAGCGGUUGUACAAAAGGAGGGCGUCUGCUUCUACACAAUCUCCAUUCGGAGAGGAGAGUUGAGAGGCUGUCUUCUCUAUUUACGUUACCCGUGACGUGAAUGAGAUACAGACAGCGAUCGGAAAGGGAAAUAACGUCGUGCCAGUUUUGUAAACCGCGUCAAGACCGAGUUGAGUCCCGACCGACCACUCAAGUACGACGGCCAUUGGCGGGUGGAAUCAGGCCCGAAUUGGGUUGCGGUGAUGCAGGCCGAUUACGGACGGUCAGCAGCCUAAAGGCGGUCUCUUGCAUCCACGUGAGCAAAGGACAGCCUCACUCGGCAGUUGGAUGGACUCAAGUGGCUCUGCGGCCGCAUCGUGAAAGCCAUUUGUUCAUGUGCCAUCUCGUCAGGCUUGCGGGGAUGGUGCAUGGCCGCAUUUCUUUUUCUCACUGUAACCCCAGCGUAAGGGCGUACGGUCGCGUACCGAAUCCAUUUGAUCUCAUUUCAUUUCAUUUCGUUAGCCGCCCUGCUGGCAAGCCCGCUGCUUUGCCGAUUAAACUAUGUCGAUGUUGAGGAUCUUGAUAUCCUCCUCUGGCUUCUCCUUCUGCGUUCUGAUUCGAGGGGAUGUAGUAACUGAGACACAAAUCCCCAGCCUGACCACUCCCUAGCCUCUCCGGUCCGUUUACGUGCUUGUAGAUGGUAGAAG